AGUUGAAGUGUAAGAUGGAAUAAUUUAACUGUAUCGUCCGUGUUUCUACAUGUGAAGAACUCUGAAUCCUGAAUCUGAAUGCUGAAUCCUGCUUGCUUCACUCUGAGACAAAAUGUCUUCCAGAUCAGAGGAGGAUCUCUGCUGUCCGGUCUGUCAUGACGUCUUUAGAGAUCCUGUUCUUCUGUCAUGUAGCCACAGCUUCUGUAAAGACUGUCUGAAGUGCUGGUGGAAAGCGAAACAUACACGUAAGUGUCCAGUUUGUAAGAAAAGAUCUUCAAAGUCAAAACCACCUUGUAACCUGGUGUUAAAGAACCUGUGUGAGUCCUUCUUACAGGACAGAGAUCAGAGAGCUUCAGAGGCUUUCUGCAGUCUGCACUCUGAGAAACUCAAACUCUUCUGUCUGGACCAUCAGCAGCCAGUGUGUGUCGUCUGCAGAGAUUCAGAAAAACACACAAACCACAGAUUCAGACCCAUCGAUGAAGCUGCACGACAACACAAGAAGGAACUUGAAGAAACUCUGAAGCCUUUGAAGGAGAAGUUAAAGGUUUGUGAACAAGUUAAAGUGAAAUUUGAACAAACAGCAGAACACAUUAAGGUCCAGGCUCGACACACAGAGAGACAGAUUAAGGAGCAGUUUAAGAUGCUUCACCAGUUUCUAGAAGAGGAAGAGGAGGCCAGGAUGGCUGCUCUGAGGGAGGAAGAGGAGCAGAAGAGUCGGAUGAUGAAGGAGAAGAUGGAGGCUCUGAGCAGAGAGAUAGCAGCUCUUUCACUCACAGUCAGAGCCACAGAGGAGGAGCUGAGAGCUGAAGACGUCUCAUUCCUGCACAACUACAAGGCUGCAGUGGAAAGAGUCCAGCGCUGCCCCCUGCUGGAUGAUCCACAGCUGCUCUCAGGAGCUCUGAUAGACCAGGCCAAACACCUGGGCAACCUGACCUUCAACAUCUGGAACAACAUGAAGGAGAUGGUCUCCUACACUCCUGUCAUUCUGGAUCCAAACACUGCAAAUUCAGAACUCAUCCUUUCUGAAGAUUUGACCAGUGUGAGAGAAGGAGAGAAACAACAGCAGCUUCCUGAUAAUCCAGAGAGGUUUGAUUAUUAUGUCUCUGUCCUGGGCUCUGAGGGCUUUAACUCAGGGACUCACAGCUGGGAUGUCGAGGUUGGAGACAAUAAUACAAACUGGAGACUGGGUGUGUUAUCAGAGUCUGUCCAGAAGAAGGGAAACAUACAGUCUGGAUUAUGGAGGAUAGGGUUCUAUGAAGGUAAAUACUCAGCAUUUUCACCACCAGCUCCCUCCACUGAUCUCUCAGUGAAAAAGCUCCAGAGGAUCAGAGUGAAUCUGGACUGGAACAAAGGAAAUCUGUCGUUCUCUGAUCCUGAUACUAACACACACAUACACACCUUCAAACACACUUUCACUGACAGACUGUUUCCAUUCAUUUUCACAAGGGAUAAACUGAAGAUUUCCCCACUGAAGGUCUCUGUGACAGUGGAACAGAGCAGUUAGAGACGAUGAUGAUGGUUCUUAUAAUUACUCUCAUUUAUUUCUUAAAGGGAAAAGUCGUUGAAUUUAACCUCUGAAGCUUCUGUCCUCCUGCUGUCUCAUUAU